AUGGUCUCGACGGAACCGAUGGUGCGACCGCCGCCGGCACAACGACGCAAGACGCUCGUCGGUGAUCAUCCGUUGUGCACCUCGGCCAGCAUGGAGGAGAUGUAAGUCGUCGAUUCCAUCGUAGUAGGGCGCUCCCCCGGCGGCCUGGGCGGUGGUUCAACGUUCAACCCUGGCGCGCGGGUCGAUCGGGCGUCACUCAACUUGCCGAAUCGGGCAAGUCUCUGCGUCGGUAGGCGAGGCUGAUCAUCGUUUUGGUCGGUGUGUUGUGAUCUGACGAUAGAUACGAAGCCGGGGAUGUGAUUGGAACGGGUAGCUUCGGGUAAGUAGUCCGUACAGCGGCGCCUCUUGGGUGGUUCCGAACUGCGGGCAGGCUCGCUCCCAGUGAUCGUUCUACGCUCGCGCACGUUCGACGUCAUUGACAUCGGUCUGGGGGGCCAUCGUCGCGUGUUUGACGCCGUUUACAGUAUCAUCCGAAAAGUGACACGAAAAGUCGAUGGAGCUGUAAGUGCUUUGCGCCGCGGGUCCAUCGAGGCGGCCGGCAAGUCGGGUCCGGUGGGGUACUCACGCCGAAACUGCGAUGCGCAUGCCAGGUCUUGGCUCGAAAGGAACUCAACUAUGGUCGAAUGGACGAACGUGACCUGAAGCAACUCACCGAGGAAGUGUGAGUCAUGGGCCGGCGAGGAUUGAUCACUGUCGAUCAAUGUCGGCGCAUAGUUUCGGUUCAUUGAUCGUCGGUCUACCCGACCUCUCGUUCACUCAGCAACAUUCUCGAGCAACUCGGCUCGAACGACAACAUCGUGCGCUACUACGAGCGUUUCGUCGACAAACCCAGCUCGAUGUUGUACAUUCUCAUGGAGUAUUGCGAAGGAGGCGACUUGGCAGGUGUCAUUCAUCGUUGCCGCAAGACUGGGUCAGUUGAAGCACCGGGGUCUGUUCUUGAGUUUCUUGAGUUUGGGAUCGGUGGAGCUAACUCACAGCCUAUCAUCUGAUGGCACAUAGGACGUACCUGAGCGAGGAUGUCGUGUGGGCCUAUUUGACGCAGAUCACGUUGGCGCUGUACGACUGUCACACCGAGGUUGACACACGUGGUCGAAGGAAGCAGAUCAUCCUGCAUCGCGACAUCAAACCCGAGAACGGUUCGUUUGCAGACGAGGCUCUCUCAUUCCUGCACGACGAGCUGACACCUGGCCGGUUGUAUUCUACUGAUGUUGGUCGCACAGUGUUCCUCGACAAGGAGAACAAUCUCAAGUUGGGCGAUUUCGGGUUGAGCAAGGCGAUGGCCCAAGCAGCGAUGACCCAGACAUAUGUUGGCGUAAGAGAACGUAUCUCUCUCGCCGAGUUGUACAAGGCUGACAUUAGGUAUCACACAGACUCCGUACUACAUGUCGCCCGAGUUGAUCAAUGGUCAACCAUACGAUGUCAAAAGUGACAUUUGGGCGUUGGGUUGUCUCAUUUACGAGCUCUGCGCUGGACAGUGAGUACCCAUUAAAUCACAAACACUGCUUUUGGAAUGAUCUACUGACAAAGCGUUUCACGUCCAUCUAGCCCUCCCUUCCAUGAAGCGCGGACCCAACCUGAACUCGCCGUCAUGAUUCGCGAAGGCAAAAUCCCCGAUCUGCCCAAGCCUUACACCGCUCACCUCGGCCAAGUCGUCAAAGCGAUGCUCAAACAGAGUGUAAGCCGUUUCCUCAGGCGGAUCGAAAUGAAAGGUUUAGUUGACCCUUUCUACGCGUUUCGCCCGCCUAGCCCAAACACCGGCCCAACACAUCGCAAAUCAAAGCGCUCGACAACGUCAAACUGCAGAUUCGUGCCCUCGAGCUGCGCAAAGCGACCAAGGAGUUGCGCAUGCGUGAUCACCAAAUCGGGUUGCGAGAAGCGGAUCUCUUGGCACGUGAAGCGGCGGUGCUGCAACGUGAAAAGAACGUCUUGCAUCGCGAGGCCAUGGCACGCCAGGCGGCAGAACAGAUCAAGGAAGGGGAGAUGGCGCUGGCGGCGAGGAUCGCGGCGGCGAAUCAGGCGGCACAACAGAUGAAUGGAGGAUGCGAUGAUGAUCUUUCGAAUGAGAGGGAGAACCAACGGCCUGUAGGUGGGAUCGAACCAGAGGUGUUCAAGCGUGUCGCGAGUCGGCCGAGCUUGGUACCAAGGAGGCCAUUGGAUGAGAGGCGAGCAAGGUGAGCAGUUGCCCUGUUUCCAAAAGUCGGGAGUGGUUCACUGACGAUCUGUCCGAUUGAUCCAGUGGUAUCGCCUUCCCGCGGGUUUCUUCGGUCUCAUCGUUAAUGUCACUCGACGAGACGCCUAUCAAGGUCACCGCCAACUCCGUGACCCGUCGUCGACUGGCCUCCAAGUCGAUGCACAACCUCGCCUCGGCGGCUGGGUACGCGUCCUCGGUCAACUCGACCCCCUCGCGCCCCGCUUCGUCGGCUUCGAAUGGGUCGUCCUCGUCAAUGGCACCCUCACCUCGAUUUGUUCAAAACGAAUUCCUGUCCGCUCGGCGGAGUCAAACCGCCGUCAGCCCGAGCCGUGGAGCAGGUCUGAGUCGAUCAUCCCAUGAGCGAGCCUCGACGCUCACAAUCCCGACGUCACCUUGCCCCGCCCCUUACUCUGGGUCUACGAUUCCCCCAAUGCCGCAAUCACCGAAACGCUCACACACCGCCCCGGCUGCUACAAACGCCUCGGGACUGCAUUCAAACCCUUAUGAUGACGAUGGGGACGUUCCCUCGCCGUUUUUGAAGAAGGCCGAUCCGUCUCGAUUCCCUCUUCCCCCUCCACCUGCUGCGGCAACUGGGCGAACGUCAGCGACGGUUUCAGGUCGAGGACCGGGUCGAGCCCUAGGUGCAGGAGCGAGUCGUGCCAGCUUGGGUGGUAAACCCGUCUCGAUGGCUUCCAAGCUGUUGAGUGCUCGAGCUCAAGCGCAAGCCGGCGUCGAUGAGGUCGGUCGAAGAUUGAGUGGGUUGACCGCCGGCCGAGCAUAA